AUGUCCAGCGCGCGAAACCUACCCGCAAAGAGAAAUCCUCUCGUUGCGCCAGGCGUUGCGCCAAGCUAUGAAGACUUGAUCAAUCGCAGGCGACUGGGCAAGACUAAAUUGACGGUCAAGCCAGGUCAAGUUGGAACUUCGAACGCGACCAAGGCCGAGAAUCUAGGUCCCUUCGAAUAUGCGCAUUUGCGGGCACCUCUUCCGGAAGACCUGACCGGCUCUGAAAUAUUUGCAUCUCAGCAAAAUCAAGCCCACCCAGAGACUUACUUCUUAAUGAGGAGAAGCAAGGAUGGGUUUGUGAGCGCGACUGGAAUGUUUAAGAUCGCCUUCCCUUGGGCCGCUCAUGCUGAAGAGAAGGAGGAACGUGAUUAUCUCAAGAGUUUGGAUGCUACCAGUCAAGAUGAGGUGGCCGGAAACGUCUGGGUAGCUCCAGAUUUUGCUCUGGAACUGGCAAAGCUAUAUGGCCUUACUGAUUGGAUCAAAGCUUUGCUUGACCCGUCAGACAUCUCACAGGCGCCUUCCAGUGCGAAGAAGCCAAUUGUACCGCCACCAAAGUUCGAUCUGCCUACGGAUAAGAUCAGGUUGCCGGCACCCACAGCAAAGACACCUCGUUCGCGAGCCACGAGAUCCUCUUCACCAAGCAAAGUAACUAGUCCGACUAAGGCCAAAGCGUCCCCUAGGAAGAGACAGACCAAGGCUCAAAAGGAGGCUAAUAUCGCCCAUGCCAAUGCUGCCAGUGCCACUCUCCAGUCUGCUCUUGACGAUGCUGCUUCUGUUGCAGAGACUGAAGGGAGAACCGAGGUUGAUGCUGCAUCGCCUGUACCCGAAUUGCCACCUGUCGCAGAAGAAGAAAAGGUUCGUGUUGAGGUUGACCAAUCAGUAGAGGUCGAGGGGUCCACGGAAAUUACACAUACAAGUGUGACUGUCGAGAUGCCGGCUGGACUCCCAGAACUGCCUCUACCAGAAGACACAGAGAAGAUGCUCGAAACAGCAAAGAGAAUGGUGGAAGAGGCUAACACACUGGAGAGCUCACCAAAAGCUUCGAGGAAACGAAAAGUUCAGGAACCUGAACCGUCCGACAUAGAUGCUGAACUCCCAGUGCAACCUGCAAAGAAGGCCAAGGUGCUGGAGGAGAAACUCAAGCGAGAGAAGGUCAGGACGCGGGCAGUUCUGGGAGUGACAGCCACUUUGGCUAUCGCUGCGGCCAUUCCAUAUUUCUUCUGA